AUGGAAAGCCAGAACAAAAGUACUGGAUUUAUCAUUUUGGGAUAUUCUGGCAGUCUGGAAAUGCAAGGUUUGCUCUUUGUAUUGUUUUUCACCAUGUACACCAUGUCACUGCUGGGGAAUGCACUGAUCAGUACAGUAGUCAGGCUUGAUCCUGCCCUCCACACCCCCAUGUGCUUUUUCAUUGCCAGUUUAUCUCUGGUGGAUAUCUGCUAUACCUCUGUUACAGCCCCUAAGAUGCUAGUAAAUUUCUUCUCAAAAGACAAAGUCAUUUCCUUCUCUGGUUGUGCUGCCCAACUGUAUUUCCUUCUCUCUCUGGGAACUACGGAGUGCUUUCUUCUGGCUGCCAUGGCAUAUGACCGCUUCUUGGCCAUCUGCAAUCCACUGCGUUACACAUCCAUCAUGAAGAAGCAUCUUUGUGCCUGUUUGGUGGCUGGAUCAUGGGCCAGUGGGAUGGUGCUUUCUCUAGGACAAACCAGCCUGAUAUUUGUACUUCCUUUUUGUGAGGACAACCGGAUCAACUAUUUCUUUUGUGACAUCCCACCGCUCUUGAGACUGGCGUGUGGAGACAUAUCCAUCAAUGAAAUCACUGUCUUCAUGGCUGGGCUUUUAAUUACUUUGGUACCAUCUCUGUUAAUACUAGGCUCCUAUAUCCAUAUAAUCACCACCAUCCUGAAAAUCACAUCAGUGAAGGGUAGGCAGAAGGCCUUCUCCACCUGCUCCUCACACCUCAUUGUCAUAAUUUUGUUCUAUGGAUCUGCCAGUGCUAUGUACUUGAGACCCAGGUCUAGCUAUGUUCUUGAAAAAGACAAAUUUCUUGCACUACUCUAUUCCAUCAUCACUCCAGCCCUUAAUCCCAUCAUCUACAGUUUAAGAAGCAAGGAGAUUAAUGAAGCCCUGAAGAGAAGGGUGAUAUCAAGAUUUGUUAAGCUUUAA